UACUAUCUAAUAUACUAUCUACUACUGCUGGAUUACCAAAAGUCUCAUCAUCGUGAAAAGUAAGAUAUAAGAUAUAAUCGAAUUUGCACCUACGUAUUAAACGAUGACUCAAAAUUAACUACGUGUGCCAACUCUAGAAAAAUGUAAUUAAAACUAAAGAUCUGCGGAAAUGAGUCACUUUUAAUACAAAUAUGUGUUUCGUGAGUUCGUGACCAUAUAAACACAAUUAUCCUUACCAUUAUCUUAAAGAUAACAUAAAUCAACAAUGAAUAAGUUAUACGAUAAAAAUUCAUUUUAGAUCAAUACGACAUUUUAAUCCCCCAAAAAUUAAUCACAAUCAGCAUUAAAAAAUAAUGUGAAAGUAAUAACACGUGGGCCGAACAGACCGAAAAAAGGAUUAUAAUCUUCCGGUCCCUACAGCCCAAUCACAUUAACAUAAAAAUUAAUUCAAACCCACUUAUUUAUCAAUUACCAACAACAAAGAACAAAUAAUUCGUUCGUUGUACUCGAAAGUAUCUCAUUCCUUCUAUCAAAAUAAUAAUAUUUUUACUCUGCGAUAACGUACAUGUUGCUACGCUGAUUAAAGGCUAUCAAGUUCUCAUUGAACUUGUAUUCAUCCUCAACAUGUUCACAAGAACACUAGUCCCGGCAUGCAUUUUAGCCGGAAUUUGUUUUAAUUUGUGUUCACCAGCGGCCAUAAAAAGUGCAACCCAAUGCGGCUAUCAGUCGUGUAACCCCGUCAAGGACGGAUUCAUCAACGUCCAUCUCGUCCCACAUACUCAUGAUGAUGUCGGCUGGCUCAAAACCGUCGAUCAGUAUUACUACGGAGCCAACAAUUCGAUUCAAAAUGCCGGUGUUCAAUACAUCAUCGAUUCAGUAAUCGARGAAUUAAAGAAAGACCCCAAAAGAAAAUUUAUCUACGUCGAAACGGCCUAUUUUUGGAYGUGGUGGAUUCACCAACACGAUUUUGUCAAACACCAAGUCAAAACUUUCGUCAAUAAUGGCCAAUUGGAGUUCAUUGGGGGUGCGUGGAGUAUGAAUGAUGAGGCCACGACGCACUACCAGUCAAUCAUCGACCAGUUUACUUGGGGUUUAAGGAAACUGAAUGAUACUUUUGGCGAGUGUGGUCGCCCUAAAAUUGGGUGGCAAAUCGACCCAUUUGGGCACAGUCGAGAAAUGGCGUCUAUUUUUGCCCAAUUGGGGUUCGAUGGACUGCUUCUAGGUCGAAUUGACUACGAGGAUAAAGACAAGAGAUUCGAGUCAAAAACACCAGAAAUUAUAUGGAAAGGGAGUGACAACAUAGACGCUGAUAUUUUCACAGGAGUGAUGUACAACACUUAUGCGCCCCCUAAAGGCUUCUGUUUUGACAUCAUGUGCAACGAUGAACCCCUUAUUGACGAUACGAAAAGCCCACUUUACAAUAUUGAGCGGAAAGUCGCCGAUUUCUUCGCUUAUCUUGACAAUGUAACUAAAGUUUACACCACCCCUAAUGUUAUAAUCACAAUGGGGGAAGAUUUUAACUACCAAGAUGCCCAUACGUGGUUCAAAAAUUUGGACAAGCUUAUCUAUUACGCCAACCAGAAACAAGUUAAUGGUUCCAAAUACAACCUAAUCUACUCCACCCCUUCCUGCUACAUCAAAGCCGUCCAUGACUCCAACCAAAAAUUCGUUUCAAAAACCGACGACUUUUUCCCCUACUCUUCUGAUGGUAACUCCUUCUGGACCGGUUAUUUCACAUCACGGCCUACUCUGAAACGUUUCGAACGCCAAGGCAACAAUUUCCUCCAAGUGUGUAAACAACUAUACGCUUUAGUCGACCUUGGGCCUGAAGAUUGGGUCGAUUUGAACGCCUUGAGGGAAGCCAUGGGUGUGAUGCAACACCACGACGCCAUCACUGGUACCGAAAAACAACACGUGGCCGAAGAUUACGCCCGAAUUCUCCAAGGGGGGAUCGACGAGUGUCAAUUUAUUGUAAAUACAGCCCUGAGUAAAAUAAUAACAGGGGAGAAUAGUACGGGACCGGAUCCGGGACCGAAAUUCCCCAUAAAUACCUGCUGGUUGACCAACACCAGCUCGUGUCCGUUUAGUGAAGAUCAGGAUAAUUUUGUUGUCACCGUUUAUAAUCCGUUGAGUCGGCCUGUGACAAAGUAUGUGAGACUUCCGGUCACGGGAGAGGCCUAUAGCGUCAAAUGUCCACAAGGAAAAGAGCUUUUGACACAAAUGAUCCCAAUUCCGGACGCUGUGAGAAAUAUUCCGGGUCGUGUGAGCAAAGCAACAGUUGAGUUGAUCUUUGAAGCGGCUUAUUUGCCACCACUUGGGUUCAAAUCAUACACCGUGAGUAAAAAAACCGGAAACGAAGUAACCAAAGAGGAAAAAAUCAGUGAGGUCAAAGAUGGAGAAGUCGGUUUUACUCUAGACCCCAACACGGGAUUAUUAAAGACUGUUAUUUUAAACGGAAAAACUGUAGAUGUCAAUCAAGAGUUUCUCUACUAUGAAGGCUUCAUUGGUAACAAUCAAGAACCGAAAAAUCGUUCGUCGGGAGCUUAUAUUUUCCGGCCGAUUCCGGGUAAAGAUCCGGUCGUGGUAGCAGAUAAAGUUGACUUUAAAGUCUUUAGAGGAAACUUGGUUUCUGAAGUACAACAAAUUUUCAACGAAUGGAUCACUCAAACAAUUCGGGUCUAUAGAACGGAAAGUUACAUCGAAUUUGAUUGGAUUGUUGGCCCAAUCCCAGACAAAGACGUCAAUGGUAAAGAAAUAAUCACUCGCUUCACCACACCCCUUGARWCUAAAUCGACCUUUUACACGGAUUCAAACGGGCGAGAAAUGCUGAAACGUGUUCGAAAUGCACGCCCGACGUGGACACUAAGCCUCCAGGAACCCGUUUCUGGCAAUUACUACCCAAUAACAUCAAAAAUAGUCCUAGUUGAUGAAUCUCAAGACUUGGAAUUGGCGGUUUUGACAGAUAGGGCCCAAGGCGGUACCAGUCUUCAAGAUGGCCAACUCGAAAUAAUGGUUCACCGUAAUUGCCUCCACGACGAUGCUUUCGGAGUCGGUGAAGCCCUCAAUGAGACGGCUUUUGGGCGCGGUUUGGUAGCCCGAGGAUCGCAUUUUUUGACUCUUGGGUCACAUUUUAAUAAAACUGGAAAUGUUAGCACAGCGGCGCUGGAAAGGGAUAUAGCCCAAAGAAAAAUUCUAGAUUCUUGGGUGUUCAUAUCAGCACCUUAUAAUGACACCAAAUAUCUUAAAGAAUUUUCAGGUCUGAAGCGAGCCUUGCCUGACAAUGUCCAGAUUUUGACUCUAGAGCCGUGGAAAGGCUUCAGUUUUCUCCUACGACUCGAGCAUGUUUUGGAAAAAGGCGAAGAUGCAGACUUGUCGCAACCAGCAAUUGUUAAUUUGCAAAAUUUGUUUACACCGUUUGAAAUUAAAUCAAUUCGGGAAACCACCCUUGGGGCCAAUCAGUGGUUGGAGAAGAACGAAAGAUUGGAGUUUGAAACCAAAGGCGACUUCCGGAAUAACGAAAAACGGGCAACUUUGAUAAGAGUCCAUGACGACAAUCAGAUAACGUUAAAUCCGAUGCAAAUCCGAACUUUUGUAAUAGAAAUAGAAAAGAAUUAAUUGUCUUGUUGAUACUUAUAUCGACACUUGAAACUUUGUGAUAAGUCUCAGAUACAAUCAAAACACUGUUACUAACUGUAUUCUUCUUAUAAAUAAAAUUGUCAUGCUUAAAA